CUUUUCAGCCAAUGACAGCUGGCCUUCAUAUGUGACGAGGCUAGCAACUCCAAAAGACAGUCAUCUGAUGUUAUGAGCUGGCAUGCUCAAUGUUUCACUUGAUUUUACUAACUUGAUAUAUAAAAAAUAAUACAGGUAGAUAUGGAUUCAGACCAGGGAACUGGUGCCACAACACCGGAAUCCGACCGUAAGCGCAAAGUGCACGGAAUGCUAAAGCUCUACUACGGGCUCAAUGAUGAAGGAAAAGCCGUGGAGCUAGCCGAAUCGUUGGAUCCCUGUGAUAUAAACGGGCCUCAUUUCGAUCCAGAGGUCUAUCUCAAUAAGCUAAGAAAAGAGUGCUCUCUUGGCGAUCUCAUGGACCAGGAAAGCUGUAUGGUAAAGCAGAUCCGCUCCUUGGACAGUGAUAUGCAGACGCUGGUGUAUGAGAACUACAACAAGUUCAUAUCAGCUACAGACACAAUCAGGAAGAUGAAGAACGAUUUCAAAAAGAUGGAAGAUGAGAUGGAUUGCCUCUCUGCCAAUAUGGCUGCAAUCACAGAGUUCAGUGCAAAUAUCAGUGGAACACUACAGGAUCAACAUGCACAGAUCACCAAGCUCUCUGGUGUCCACACACUCCUGCGUAAGCUGCAGUUCCUGUUCGAGCUCCCUGCGCGGUUGAAUAAGUGCCUGGAGCUGCAGGCGUAUGCCCAGGCCGUGAGCUCCCACCGUCGUGCCCGUUGUGUGCUCCAGCAGUACAGCCACAUGCCCUCUUUCCGUGGGAUCCAGGAUGACUGCAGUGCCAUCAUGGAGCAGUUGGCACAACAACUACGCCAGAAGUUCAGGGAUGGUGGCUCCAAUGCGAAGGACUUGUCAGAGUGUGUUGAGCUGCUGCUCCAGCUCGAUGAGCCAGCAGAGGAACUCUGUGACAAGUUCCUCAGCCAUGCCCAGUCCAGACUGGAGGCAGACCUGCAAGGCCUAGAAGCAGAGUUACGAGAACCCGUCUCACCCAGUGAACCAACGACAGAUACUGCUGUAAAGAAGGCUGCUUCAACUGCUGCUCGCUCUCCCACGAAUGCCGCCACGCCAACAACCAACCCAUUUCUCUCUGCAGGCUCCAAAACAGACAUCCUGGAGUUCAUUGACAGGGGAUGUAAUGAGUUUGUCAGCAACCUCUGCCUGGUAAUUGCUUCGUAUCAGGAACUCUUCAUCAACCGUCCACAGGAGGGUGAGCUGGCCUCGAAAAACAUCCCAGAGAUGGCCAGUGGUAAGCUGCACACCUUCGUGGAUGCUCUGGCUGUCCGAUACUUCUCCCUGGUGGAACGGAGGAUCCAGGAAGAGAAAGGGGUUGGGGAUAACUCCCUGUUGGUGCGUGCACUUGACCGCUUCCAUCGGCGCCUGCAGGCCGUGACCAAAUUGCUUCCAGGGUCGUCCGUGCCAAGCCAAGGGACCCAGAUAGUGGUGCAAGCGGCCAGAGAAAGGAUCAAGCAGUACCUGUCGGCCUUGCAGAGCUUCUACCUUGACAGCCUGACUGACGUGAGGCAGGCCCUGGCUGCACCCCGCCUCUCAGUGGGUGGGGGCACAGGGAGCGGGGUCCUCCUAGGUGGAGGGACCAGUGGGAAAGACGCCCCUCCUAACCUCCCCGAACUCCUGGCCUCAUUUUCAGCCUCCAUCCUGAAUCAGAUUAAAUCAGUGCUGGCCUCUGUGCAUCUCUUUACAGCGAAGGACAUCACUUUCUCCAACAAGCCUUACUUCAAGGGGGAAUUCUGUAGCCAGGGAGUGCGUGAGAGCCUAGUGGUGAGCUUCAUUAAGUUUGUGUGCCAGUCGUCUCGUCAGUUCUGUGAGAGCACCGGGGACCGGGGUGGAUCCACUCCUCCCGCUCUCCUCCUGCUGCUCUCUCGCCUGUGUCUGGACUAUGAGACCUCCACCAUCUCUUACAUACUCACCCUCACAGAUGAACAGUUUCUGGUGCAGCACCACUCUCCAGUAACUGCGGUCACUGCUCUGUGUGCUGAAGCCAACGAGGCAGCACAGAAGCUUCUCAAUCAUUAUGUGAAGGUCCAGGGAUUAAUCAUCUCACAGAUGCUGAGGAAAAGUGUGGAAACCAGAGACUGGGUGAACACUAUUGAGCCACGGAAUGUACGAGCAGUGAUGAAGAGAGUUGUGGAAGACACCACGUCCAUAGAUGUCCAGGUGGGCCUUUUGUAUGAGGAAGGGGUGAGAAAAGCCCACAGUAGUGAUUCCAGUAAGAGGACAUUCUCUGUCUACAGCAGUUCACGACAGCAAGUCCGCUAUGCACCCAGCUACACACCAAGUGCUCCUAUGGACACGAACCUCCUGAGUAACAUCCACAAGCUUUUCUCUGAGAGGAUCGACAUCUUCAGUCCAGUGGAGUUCAAUAAGGUCUCAGUCCUGACUGGGAUUAUUAAGAUUAGUCUGAAGACAUUCUUGGAAUGUGUUCGCCUGCGUACUUUUGGUCGCUAUGGCCUGCAGCAGAUCCAGGUGGACUGCCACUAUCUGCAGAUGUACCUGUGGCGCUUCGUGUCAGAUGAGAACCUGGUGCACUUCCUGUUGGAUGAAAUUGUUGGCAGUGCUGCCCAUCGCUGUCUUGACCCCUCGCCUAUGGAGCAGAGUGUCAUUGAGGUCAUCUGUGAGAGAGGCUAGAAAAGACACUAGUUCACCCGCUGCUCCUGAAACUCUAAAUCCACCUUAGCUGGUCUCCUGAAUGAACCUUUGAAUGAACUUUAUGAAUGAGAACUUCAGUUGUCACUGAGGUUGAAAUACACAUGGUAAUAUAUUGAUUCAUAUUAAUCUGUAACACAGGAUGAAUUUGUUAUAUGGAAUGUAUGUAUGUAUGUAUGUUAGUAUUGCACAAAAUAAAAAACGGUCAACUUAA